AUGGGCUCCAAGACACUUGAAAAUGAGGGCCAGGGCGGUGGAUAUGCUCCUCCCAGCUCUACCAAGCCCAAUGCUACAGGCGGAGAACCACGUGGAACCCAUCUUGCCCGCGAUGGCGAUGGUACCAUCGGUGAUGACGAUGGCGGCGACGAUGGCGACAGCGACCAUGCCGCCGGCGCUGCUACCUUGCCGUUGAACUUCGACUCCGCAGCUCAGGCUAAAUCUCAAAAGAAGAAACGAAAGAAGUCUAAGAAGAAGUCUUCUUCCAAGCAAUCCUCACCACCACGAGUCCCUCUCACCCUGCUGUUCCCUACCGGCAACUACCCGACCGGUGAAUUGCUGAAAUAUGCGCCUAUCGAGAACACAGCUCGUACCACGGGCGAGGAGCUCCGACAUGAGUCUCGGAAACGCGUUGAAGACGAGAAUUUCCUGAAAGACUACCGCAAGGCAGCGGAGAUCCACCGUCAGGUCCGACAGUGGACGCAGCAAAACGUUACCCCGGGCCAGACACUGACGGAAAUCGCCGUGGGCAUCGAAGACGGCGUGAGAGCGCUACUCGACAACGAUGGCCUUGGUACCGGUGAUUGUCUUGUGUCUGGAAUGGGAUUCCCGACUGGUAUCGCCCUGAAUAAUUGCGUUGCGCAUUACACGCCCAACUCCGGCCAGAAAGAAGUGAUUCUGAAAUCGAGUGACGUGAUGACAAUCGAUUUUGGAGUUCAUAUCAAUGGCUGGAUUGUUGACAGUGCUUUCACUAUGUCAUUUGAGCCAACCUAUGACAAUUUGCUGGCUGCUGUCAAGGAUGCAACGAAUACUGGCAUUCAGACUGCUGGAAUCGACGUUCGUAUCAGUGAUGUCAGCGCUGCCAUCCAGGAAGCCAUGGAAAGCUAUGAGGUGGAAAUCAAUGGUAAAUCUAUCCCCGUCAAGGCAGUGCGAGGUCUUAGUGGACACAACAUUGAACAAUACCGCAUCCAUGGUGGCAAAUCAAUUCCAUUUGUCAGGAACAAUGACAACACCAAGAUGGAAGAGGGAGAGGUCUUUGCUAUCGAAACAUUCGGCACGACUGGCCGAGGCCACAUGUUCGAUGGUAUCGGAAUUUAUGGGUAUGGGAAAGACCCAUUCGCGCCGAAGAAGAUCAAGACCCAUCUCGCUAGUGCCAACUCUCUGUAUCAGAAGAUCAACGAGAACUUUGGCUCGAUUGUCUUCGCUCGCCGUUAUCUUGAACGGCUUGGUGUUGAGCGUUAUUUGGCUGGCAUGAACACCCUUGUAAACCAUGGCGUUGUUGAAGCCUAUAAGCCACUUAUGGACAUCGAAGGAUCAUACUCCGCACAGUUUGAACACACCAUUCUGCUGCGCGAAUCAAACAAAGAAGUCCUCAGCCGCGGCGAUGACUAUUGA